GAGGAUAUACAAUAAGUUGGUGCAGACUUUGUAUCUCACACUCAAUGUAAGCAAAACUUUAAACUGCUCUAUACAACCAGCCUGAAAGUAUUGUUGCACUAUACCCCCUGAAUUAGUUAAUUUUGUUCGUUUUUGUUUUAUAAAGCGUAGUUUAAAAUAAUGAGUAAUUGUUGUCGAAUGAGAUGUCUGAGCAGAGAUUCCUCUUCGACAAUUCUAGACGACGAAACGGAUUUAAUUCCACAGCGAAAUAAUUCAAUUCAAUUUAUUAAAGAUUAUGAGAGUCUUGACUACGACCAAUGCUUCAAUGAACCUUACAGAAAUCAAAUAAAGAAAGAAAUUCAGACUCAUGGCAAAUGGACUGGAAGUAAAAAAGAAUUGUUGAGUUGGAUUGUUAUUUUUUUCAUCGGAGUUCUUACUGCAGUGGUUGCAUUUUUCAUUGAUUAUUUUGUUAAAUUAUUGAGUGAAUGGAAACUGGACACAGUCAACAGCAGACUUCAUACAUGUGAAGGUACCGGUUGUGUUGCCAUAUGUCUUUGUUUAUUGCUUGCUUUCAACAUAUCAUUUGUGAUUAUUGCCGCAUCUUUUGUUGUUUUUGGAGAGCCUUUAGCUGCAGGAUCUGGCAUCCCAGAAAUCAAAUGUUAUUUAAACGGAGUAAAAGUUCGGAAUGUUGUGAGAUUCCGAACUUUGGUUUCAAAAGCUAUCGGAGUUUUAUUCAGUGUUUCUGGAGGUUUACUUGUCGGUAAAGAAGGUCCAAUGAUCCACAGUGGAGGUGUAAUAGGAGCAGGAGUUCCGCAGUUUCAAAGUCAAACAUUUAAGAAACUUAAAGUUAAUAUUCCUUACUUCAGAUCGGAUAGGGAUAAACGAGACUUUGUAUCAGCGGGAGCGGCAGCAGGGGUGGCAGCUGCAUUUGGAGCUCCUAUAGGUGGAGUUUUGUUCAGUUUGGAAGAAGGAAGUUCGUUCUGGAAUCAGUCAUUGACUUGGAAAACUUUAUUCUGCACAAUGGCGUCUACUUUUACAUUAAACUUUUUGUUGUCUGGAGUAAUGGAUGGAGCUUGGGGAACUUUUGAUCAGAACGGUCUGCUGACUUUUGGAAAAUUUGAGUGUGAUUCUGGCGACUGUCAUUUAUGGACAAUUGGUGAUCUAUUAAUAUUUAUUGCAAUGGGGUUUGUUGGUGGAUUACUUGGAGCUUUGUUCAACGCUAUUAAUACUAAAAUUACAAUCUUCAGACUCAAGUAUUUAGCAAGGAAAGGAAAGCUGAUGAAAAUUGUUGAAGUUAUUGCAAUUGGAACAGUGACAGCAAUGUGUGCUUUCUUUGCUCCUAUUGUGAUUGGCACUUGCAAACAGGUUGCCAGUAAUUCAACAAUGGAUCCUACAUUAAGUGAAACUCAGCAAUUUCUCUGCCCUAAUGGAACAUACAAUGAUAUGGCAACACUGAUGUACAACACUCAGGAAACAGCAAUCAAGCAAUUAUUCCAUAACUCUGGUGCCUUCACACUACAAGCUCUUGCAGUGUUCUUUGUUUUAUUUUUCUUUCUCUCUUGUUGGACUUACGGCGCAUCAGUUCCUAGUGGUCUGUUUGUACCUUGUAUAUUAUGUGGAGCUGCCUAUGGAAGAUUUUGUGCUGAACUUUUCUAUAAUGUGUUUGGAAUGAAUAACAUUUAUCUUGGGACAUUUUCAUUGGUUGGUGCAGCAGCUUUUCUUGGCGGAGUUGUUCGGAUGACAAUAAGUUUGACUGUUAUAUUGAUUGAAUGCACAAAUGAAAUCACCUAUGCAUUGCCCAUUAUGAUUACGUUAAUGGUUGCCAAAUGGGCAGGUGAUAUUUUCAAUCACGGAAUCUACGAUAUUCAUGUGUUUAUAAAAGGAGUUCCGUUGCUGGAAUGGGAUCCACCACAUGGCGCUACAGUACUUCAAGCCAGCGAUAUUAUGCAAACAAGGUUGAAAUACAUUUAUCCUCACACAAGGAUACGUUCCCUCGUUAAUUUGUUACGCACGACUGCACACAAUGCAUUUCCUGUUAUUACUAUAAAGACCAAAUCAAACGGGGAGGAAGAGCACUCGAAAAAAACUGAAUUGAAGGAAAGAAAGCGACACGGUAGCCAUGAUAUAUUGUCUGCUAAUAUUGAAUACCAGUUGAGCAGCCAUCAAUCAAGAAUGUCAAUUGAUAGGAAACGAGCCUUCACUGUUGGAUCUGCCAAUACUGAGCUUGUUCAAGUCACAUCUCCACUGUCUCUUCAUGACGGACUUUUGAACAGAGACACAUCAGAAAGUGUCCUCUUUGACGAUGUAGCUUCUGACAUGAGCAGCAUCAACUUACAAGACAACUUGAACCCCCUGAUAUUUCAUGGAAUUAUUCUUAGGUCGACACUCAUUGCUUUGAUUAAACAAGGAGCAGGUUAUGAUGAAAAUAAUGUGAUAUCGAAACAAGCUGCAAUUGACUAUAAAACACUCCAGGAAGAUUAUCCGAGGUUUCCAGACAUUCACGAUUUGAAUAUGGAUGAACUAGACCUGCAACAAGUUCUGGAUGUGACGCAAUACAUGAACACCAGUCCAUAUGUUGUUUAUCCAACCACCCAGUUAUCUCAAGUCUUCAACUUAUUCAGAACUAUGGGAUUGAGACAUCUGCCUGUCAUUAACAGCGGGGGAGAGGUUGUUGGGGUGAUCACUCGUCACGAUCUGUCCCACGAUUAUAUAGAAGAACUUAUGGAAUCGAGGAAAAGAAGCCCAUCUAUGAUGUCAUCAAGUGUUAUUACAUCAUCAUCAGAAAGUGGUUCGAAUUCUCAGCCAACUCCAAUCAAUAUAUGAUGUCAUAACUUACUAUAAUGUUAAAUCAUUGUUUCUCUACCUGUAUUGAUAAAUACCUCCCAUUAUCGAUUCAAAAAACUCUUGAAAAUUUUCAAACAAUUCUCAGUUCUAGCUCACCCCAAUUAAUAUACAAUGUUAUUAUACUACUAAAUCAGCGUUUCCCAACCUUGAUUGAUAUAUUCUUCAUUACACCAUUUCAGUCAGUAGUUAAUUCUUCCACAUACCGAAAAUAUGAAAGUGCACGAACAGUGAGGUAAAAAAAAGUAUUUCAGCAUAAAAGAAGACACGAUAAACCAGUAAUGAGGGUGCCGGUGGACUCUGCACCUCUACCACACACAACCCUGGAACGAUGCUCGAUAAUCUUACAGUAUCCUCGACCAUCCAACAAUCAAUGGCGUUAAAAGUUAUAUUCAGGUUGCCUUUGUUAACUGUAUUUGUAUUGUAUUUCUGGCAACUAGCAUUUUCCCAGAUGGCUGUGACCUGUGAUGUCAUCAGUCCUAGAUGAAGGUUGAGUAGCCAUGUGCUCUCGCCUCUCUGUACUUGAGGGUUCACCCCUGUUGUGAAGGCUUCCUCUUGAAGUGUGUUAGGAAUUACUAUGUUUUGGUUAUGUUUAUGGGAAUUUACUACGAUAAAUAUACGUUUUCACGGGGCUCCCGAAGUAUGCGAACCAAGAUGGCGGACAUCGGAAUGUAAUAUGUGUACUAGGUUAGGGUUAGGCCAUAAUUUUAGGUAUAAAUACUACGGGAGGCUCUUGGCUAGUCUUCGAACUGAUAAUAGGACUAAAAUAAGGAAAAUUGGAAAAAAAUUAUCGCCUAACCCUAACCUGUUACCCAUGUUACGUUCCGAUGUCUGCCAUCUUGGUUCACAUACUUUGGGAGCACCGUUUUCACUCGGUUAACAGCCUUGACAUACUUUGUCGCCAACUUCUAUCACUAAUUUUCGUUUUUUUGCUAUUAUCUAUUACUGUUAGGCUUAUUCAAGGGUGUCUCUGCUCGAUAACAAGUAUUGGUUUUUACGUCAUAACUCUCUAUAUAUGAAUGUAAUGCUUGAUGGUAAAAUUCGAUUCAUUUCCCUUCUUUGACGAUUUAUAAGCCUUGUUCUCCCCGUUUGGAAACUUUUGAAUAUCUCUUAGGUAUUUUGUCAAGUCACUAUGCAUUAAUAACAUUCUUUGUCGUUCAAUCUUUAAUGGAUCAUUAGCUUAAAUCCCUCUCUCACUUUUGAGUAGUUUGUAAUGUUUGCGUGAAUAUGUAUUGAUACCAAAUAAGUCUCAGAUAAUGGUAAUACUGAAUGUAAAUUUGGAGUAAAAUUUUCUCCGCUACAACAAAAUUCAUUCUAGGUUGGGAAACGCUGGGCUAAAUACUUGGCGCUCCAGAAGUAUGUUUACCAAUAUGGAGGUAACUAAUUUUGUUCGAUUAUUUUACAACAAGUUGUGUAACGGGAUUGAAACAUAUGGGUAUAUUCUCUUGGCUGACACAGACAGUCUACAAACUCGUAAUAAAACUAAGAUAUGGUAAAUUGGAUUAAAAUUAUGGCCUGACCUUAACCUGGUACACGUACUAAUGGAGCACCAAAUACUUAUCCUAUCACAAUCAUUCAUAGGAAAAUACUGUGUUCGCCAUUAUCUUGAUUCUCUACUUAUUCACCUAUUUAGAAUUUAUAUUUUAUUACUCUUUAUUUAUGAGUUAAUCUUUAUAACUUUUUUCGGACCUCCAGAAGUAUGCGCACCAAGAUGGUGCACAACCUGAACAUAGUAUGCGUGUACCGGUUAGGAUUCAGGUUGUGCGACAUCUCGGUGCGCAUACUUCUGGAGCAACCUUUUUUCACUUUAAAUAUUAACAAGACUUCUGAGUUAUCCUGCACCCACUGAGUGUAAGAAUACACUAACUCUAGGGUCCACAACCUUUUUCUUGCCCUGUGCCACUCAAGGCGUACCACCUGAAAUUGACGAUUGGACCGUAGAAAGCAACGGGAAGCAAAAAAUGCCAGGCCAGCAAAAGGAAAGCUUGUACUCAGCUGACCGCAUUUGAGAUUUACCUGUUUGAUUGAUUGACUUCGAACUUGAGACUCAAAUGCUUCGACUCUCGGCCCAUGGUUUUGGGACUUUUACUAAUUAUUUAUCUAGUGUUGAAGUACCGGUAUAUGCUCGUUUUACUGCCCGAUCUUUAUUAAGGGCCCGUUUGAAUAGCCGCUUGUGUGAACAGAACAUAAAAAUAAAUAAGGGCUGGUGCUUGAAUACCCGCCCGAUGUAAAAGCUGAUUUUUCA